AUGCCGCCGGUGCGCACUCGGGUGGGUCAACUCCCGACGUCCCAAACCAAGUCUCCACGCACCCUAGCAUGUGCGAGCUGCCAGCAGCGCAAGAUCAAAUGUGACCGACAAUCUCCCUGUGCAAAUUGUCUAAAGCAGCGCAUACAGUGCAUACCAGCAACACAGACUCGUGUCAGAAAACGGCGUUUCCCCGAGCGGGAACUCUUGGAUCGCCUUCGGAAGUACGAGGAUCUGCUCCGAAAGAAUAAUGUGAAAUUUGAUCCGCUUCAUAAAGAUCCAGGAACAACAGGUGAUCAAGGUGCUGAGACUUCUGAGGAGGAGGGGCCAAAUAAGUCAAAUCAUUCAUCUCCAGCCCCGGCGAGGUCAGAAAGUGCCCACGAACCUAAAAAUCUUUGGCAGGCCAUGAGUCAAGGGCCCCGUUAUGGUCAUACGAACGAGAUGCUACACGAAGCUGUUGUCAAACUUUCAUGGGACCAGUCUUUCGGGAAUGACCAUCACAUUAUUCUCGGCUCUCGAAAGGCAUCUGUCGACCUUGCGACCAUGCACCCUGAACCAGUUCAUAUUAUCAGGCUCUGGCAGUUAUACCUCGACAAUGUCAAUCCACUGUUCAAAGUGACCCAUACUCCAAGCCUUCAAGGGAUGAUUAUUGAGGCUGCCACUAAUACCAUGAGUAUUGAGCCUCAUCUUGAAGCCCUGAUGUUUAGCAUAUACUGCAUGGCAAUCCAGAGUCUCACCGCGGAGAACUGCCAGACAUUAUUUGGUUUGUCGCAGGCCGAUCUUUUAACAAAAUAUCAAUUUGGUUGCCAACAAGCUUUGCUUAACUGCCAAUUUUUGCGGACCGAUAACCGGACUUGCUUGACUGCAUUGUUUCUAUUUCUGUUUUCUCUUAACUCGAACACAAACCCCCAGUCUCUUUCAUCAAUGCUUGGAAUUGCCAUCCGAAUUGCCCAACGUAUGGGCAUUGACAGUGAAACAUUUUUGGCUAAACAAAGCGUCUUCGAGGCUGAAAUGAGCCGUAGGCUGUGGUGGUCCCUUCUGAUGCUGGACGCUCGCAUGGGCGAACUUUCAGGGGCCAAAACGUCCACUUUGAAUCCUAUAUGGGACUGCAAACCUCCUAUGAAUAUCAAUGAUUCGGAAAUUUGGGCGGGGAUGAAAGAGCCACCGUCUGUCCAGGGAAAAGCGACGGAGGCAGUAUUUAUUGUUCUGCGCAGUGAAAUGGCCAAUUAUAUCCGAAAUUCCCCAUUUCAUCUCGAUUUCUUGAACCCAGCCUUGAAACCAAUUGCCAAAGAUCUUCCAAAUGGAGGUGACGUCUCAACAUUCGAAACAAGAAUUCAGGAUGAGUAUCUUAAGUACUGCGAUAAAGAUAAUCCGCUUCAUUUGAUGACAAUCUUGACAAUACGUGCAUCACUUUCGAAAUGCUAUCUCUUGGAAAGCUAUGCAAAACAUUUCGACUCAUCGGUACACAAGACAGAUGCAGAAAGUGACGCUUCUGUCUUACAGGCAUUUCGCUUGCUCGAGUGUGAUACAACGAUUCUCAGUUCACCUCUUACGAAAGAAUAUGCCUGGCUUUUCCAGAUUUACUUUCCUUUUGUCGCAUACAUUAACAUCAUCCAAGAUUUAAAGAAACGGCCUGGUAAUAAUCUCACCGAAAGGGCUUGGCAAGUGAUGAAUGAAAAUUACGAGGUACGGUCCAAGUCGCCCAGGGCCUUUGAAAGUCCUCUAUUUGUGAUAUUCGCCAGAGUUAUUCUCGAGGCUUGGGAAGUCCUUGAGUCGACCUUCAGGCAAUCAGACUUCAACGUGCCAUCUCCAAAAAUCAUUCUCAACAUCAAGCAAAGACUAGCAGAGAUGACUAAGGAUAUUCUGAAUCCCAAUACGGAGCCGCCAGACGAUGCGCUUAACACUUUCUUGGAUCAGUCAUCGAUGCUGAUGCCGAUGGGAAUGGGAUUCGGAGAUGAAAGUCUUUCAUCUGGCAUGGCUGGACAGACUGGUUUCCCUUGGUCAGAUCCGAGAAUAUUGGCCAACAUGCCUGGACAAACGCCCAUGCUUAAUGAUAUCAAUCAUUUAAACUGGGUAUCAAUGGUCAGGGGCUUGCGGGAAGCCCGUGGAUGGUGA